AGUUUGAGUAUUUUAGCAAACACGACAAACAUAUAUACAACAACAACAUAGCAUACUUUUACAUUUUGAUAUUUUCCUUGUUAAGGUAAAACUUUUUUGUAUUUAUAUUACAAAACCGAACGAUUUCUGUUAGAAUUUUUUUUUAAAAAGCUUCUUAUAUUAGAAAUGGAACUGGUAAAUAUAGUACUAGUAAACUAGUAAAAUAGCUUAAAUAAGCGACGCGCAAAUUCAGAUUAUUGAUUUUUUCUUUUAUUAUUUUCACGAAUACAUUAUUAAUAUUACAUUUUUAAAACUAUCAUCUAGAUAUUUGUUGAAAUUUUAAAUGUAAUGUUUGUAAAACAUAAUAUUUAUCAUAUGUUUGGGUAAAAACGUUUAAGUUGGAAAUUCUACUAAAUUUUAAAUGAAAUAAUUUUGAGAUGUUGCGAAGGAGCAGAACAAUAAAAGGAGACACUUUUCAAGAGUGGAAAGCCAGAAAAGAUAUGGAAGCACGGCAGUCCAGGUUGGAUGCCCUCAACGAUCAAAGAGAGCGGAUGAGAAAGAACGAGCUGUUAGAUAAAGAGAAAUUAAAAAAGAACGAGUCACUGGAAAGAGAAAGAAUUAAGAAAAAUGAAGCUAUUAAAACGUGGCUCAGGGCAAAGCAGGACUCUGCAAAGGUUUCGAAAUUUUCUCUUCCUAAUGAACCGGCGAAACAAAUUUUAUCCGAAGAGCUGAACAGGUGCAAGGGGAAAGUGGAAUUGUCGAAAGAGGAGCAAAGGGUGGCGGACAUCACCGAGUUCUACGCCUGUAAAAAAGACACGACUCUGACGUUCAGCCAAUGGCUGGAAAAAAAAGAAGAAGACCGAUUAGCGAAAAUUCGAGAAAAAGAAGCUAAAAAACUGGCGAGAGAGGCUGAAGAGCGUGAGAAACAGGAACAAUCAAAGAAAGCUGUCAAUGAAUGGAUGGUAAGGACGAAAUACAGAACUCUUACCAGGCACUACCCAAAACUAGACGCACAAGAAAUAAACAACAGAAUAUGGCAAGAUUUAAAAAUAUGAACUGUGACACAGUUCUGGUUUUCGUUUCCUAAGACUGCUGUCGCUGAAAAUGUUGUUCAGUGCAAGGAAUGUCAAAUAUUAAUUAAAAAAUAUACAAAUCAAACCUCCGAAAAAA